UGCAUAACCGACUGAGCCACCUGGGUGCCCCACGGGGGUUAAUAUUUUGUUGGAUAUAUUACGGGGGGGGGGUACCAUCAACCGCCCCUCUCCCCCCCCCCACCACGGGGUCUGAGUGGAAUCAGGAAAACCUCACUGCAGGUGUUGAGUUGGCACGUACGAUGCAAAACAGGCUCCUUAACCGGCCCCCGGGCAUCUCCAGCUAUGGCUACCGAGGCCGAGACUGCCGGGCCAACCUUUACCUGCUGCCCACGGGGGAGAUAGUGUACUUUGUGGCCUCCGUGGCCGUGCUGUACAGUGUGGAGGAGCAUAGGCAGCGCCACUACCUGGGCCACAAUGAUGACAUCAAAUGCCUGGCUGUCCACCCUGAUAUGGUCACCAUUGCCACUGGACAGGUGGCAGGCACCUCUAAGGAGGGGAAGCCACUACCCCCCCACGUGCGCAUUUGGGACUCAGUCUCCCUCUCCACCUUACACGUGCUGGGCCUGGGGGUGUUUGACAGAGCUGUGUGCUGUGUGGGCUUUUCCAAAUCUAAUGGAGGCAACCUGCUCUGUGCAGUGGACGAAUCGAACGAUCACAUGCUCUCCGUGUGGGACUGGGCCAAGGAGGCCAAGGUGGUGGAUGGCAAGUGCUCCAACGAGGCCGUGCUGGUGGCCACCUUCCACCCCACAGACCCCACCGUGCUCAUCACCUGCGGAAAAUCCCACAUCUACUUCUGGAGUCUGGAGGGGGGCAGCCUGAGCAAACGGCAGGGCCUCUUUGAGAAACACGAGAAACCGAAGUACGUGCUGUGUGUGACCUUUUUGGAGGGUGGCGAUGUGGUCACCGGGGACUCGGGGGGGAACCUCUAUGUCUGGGGCAAAGGUGGGAACCGCAUCACACAGGCGGUGCUGGGUGCCCACGAUGGCGGUGUGUUUGGGCUCUGCGCCCUGCGGGACGGGACGCUGGUGUCCGGAGGGGGCCGUGAUCGACGGGUGGUCCUUUGGGGUUCCGACUACAGCAAGCUGCAGGAGGUAGAGGUACCAGAGGACUUCGGUCCGGUGCGCACUGUGGCUGAGGGUCGGGGAGACACGCUGUACGUGGGGACCACCCGCAACUGCAUCCUGCAGGGCUCUGUCCACACAGGCUUCUCAUUGCUCGUCCAGGGUCACGUGGAAGAACUGUGGGGUCUGGCCACGCACCCCAGCCGGGCACAGUUUGUGACGUGCGGGCAGGAUAAGCUGGUGCAUCUGUGGAGUGCAGAGUCCCGCCGGCCCCUGUGGAGUAGGAUCAUCGAGGACCCUGCCCGCUCUGCUGGUUUCCACCCCAGUGGCUCUGUCCUGGCCGUGGGCACAGUGACUGGCAGAUGGCUGCUGCUGGACACGGAGACGCACGACCUGGUGGCUAUCCACACAGAUGGCAAUGAGCAGAUCUCAGUGGUCAGCUUCUCUCCAGACGGGGCGUACCUGACCGUGGGCUCCCACGACAACUUGGUGUACGUGUACACGGUGGACCAGGGCGGCCGCAAGGUCAGCCGCCUGGGCAAGUGCUCGGGCCAUUCCAGUUUUAUCACCCACCUGGAUUGGGCCCAGGACAGCAGCUGCUUCGUCACCAACUCCGGGGACUACGAGAUCCUGUACUGGGACCCGGCUACCUGUAAGCAGAUCACUAGUGUCGAUGCUGUGAGGAAUGUGGAAUGGGCCACUGCUACUUGCGUCCUGGGAUUUGGGGUGUUUGGGAUCUGGUCUGAGGGAGCCGACGGUACCGACAUCAACGCCGUGGCCCGCUCCCAUGACGGGAAGUUGCUGGCUUCAGCCGAUGACUUUGGCAAAGUACACCUGUUUAGUUACCCCUGCUGUCAGCCCCGA